AUCCUUAAACCUCAACAUCAAUCUACAAAACUUCCUCUUAAUUUCCUCUAUUUAAUUAUCUCUCUUCUUUUGUAUUCUUUCUUGAACUUUCCUCCUUUUUUUUGUUUUGUUUUAUUUUAAUUUUCAUCAUCUUCUUUCUCAUUUGAUUUAUUUGUAUAAAUAAAUCUACUUGUAUCAACAAAACAUAUCACAAAAAAAAAGAAAAUUGUUGUAAUUAUUAUUCAUGGCUUUGUAUAGACAAUUUCUAGUAAUUGUCUUGGCUUGUUUGAUUAAUUUAUGUUAUGGUUAUCAAUUUUAUGUUGGUGGUAGAGAUGGUUGGGUUCCUGAUCCAUCUGAAAACUAUAUUCAUUGGGCUGAAAGAAUGAGAUUUCAAGUUAAUGACACUCUUGUGUUUAGGUACAAGAAGGGAACAAAUUCAGUAUUAGUGGUAAACAAGGAUGAUUAUGACAAAUGCAAUACAAAUAAUCCAAUUAAGAAAAUGGAUGAUGGAAAUUCAAUUUUCAAAUUUGAUCAUUCUGGUCCUUUUUAUUUCAUUAGUGGAAAUAAAAAUGAUUGCGAAAAUGGAUCGCAGAAAUUAAUAACUGUUGUGUUAGCUAUUCGACCACCUCCUCCUCCUUCUCCUCGUCCUUUUCCUCCUUCUCCACCUUCAACUCCAGGAAAAUCUCCGGCCACAUCUCCGGUGGUAUCUCCCACGCCCUCCGUGUCACCGGCUACACCUCCUGUGAGUCAAUCGCCCGGCAAUGCUCCAUCUCCAGCAACGUCUCCAUCUGUAUCUCCCUCAGUGUCACCGGCUACACCUCCAGUGAGUCAGACGCCUGCUUCACCACCCGGCCUUGCUCCUUCUCCGGCGACACCAUCAUCUCCGACCACUUCUCCGGCAACACCAUCACCGACGAUACCGAGCACCCCGGGAGUGCCGGGAACUUCGCCGCCGGGAGGUGGUGUUCCGUCACCGGCAGGCGGCGGAAACAACCCGCCGGCGGAUAUUCAGUCACCUAAAGGCUCAAAGAACUCAGCAGUAAAAGCAGUUACUACUACUACAGUUGUUUUGGUGUCAAUUAUAUUGACUAUAAUUAUUUCUGCUCAGUGAACAAAUAAAAAUAUACGGAGAAAAAUAAAAUUACCAGAAAAAAAAAUUAAAAAUAGUUUGUUUUUAUUUUUAUUAGAUGUAGAAAUGCAGUGUUUUAUUUUUUUAUUUUUUGUUAUUUUGUGGUUGGCAUGAAAUUGAUUUCAUGAGAGUACAUAUAUAUAAUAAUGAAAGUUCGUUCUUCUUCUUGAUAAA